AUGGAGACAUUGUUACCAGUAUCAUCGUCUGUAUCCUCAUCGUCCAUUACCCCAACGAUGGAGACAUUGUUACCAGUAUCAUCGUCUGUAUCCUCAUCGUCCAUUACCCCAACGAUGGAGACAUUGUUACCAGUAUCAUCGUCUGUAUCCUCAUCGUCCAUUACCUCAACGAAUUCUAAGCAUGAGCAACGCCUAGAACACACCGAUCUGAAGACUGUUCCCAAACCAAAGACUCCGGUGAAGACAAAGGCUGGGGCACCUGUUGUUACCAAGACAACUCUUGUUAUGUUCCUCAUAGCGGUUGUCUUCAUCUUCAGUUUCCUUCCGUAUCUGAUAAUAGCGACGCUGAAAUAUGUCAAUAGACAUGCAUGGCGUCAAGUUGGAGAUGUGAAGUCUGUAGUUUACCAAUUCUUCCUCAAGUUUCAUUAUGUGAACAGUGCGUGUAAUCCCAUCGUGUACAGCUUCUGUGGCCGGCGGUUCCGACAGGACUUCAGACAGUUUCGUAGAGAUAUGGCUUAUAAACUGCAAUGUUGGAUAAAGCAGCGUGACCGGAGGUGA